AUGGAAGAAGGUGGAGAUUAUUUCAAGACAUCUGAAUUUUUUCCAACAUCAAGCAAAACAGACGGGGAAGCCAUAUAUACACAGCAAUCAACAAGACCCUCUGGUCUUGAUCAGGGACCCCACUCUUUGAGAUCUUCAACAUCUGAUGAUAUCAGGAAGAGAUACCAUGAAAGUGCAUACAGGGAAGUAAAGGGACAAAAGACAUCAAGCAUAUAUCCAGAAACUAACUAUGAAAGCGGAAGUCAUAGAAUCCCAUCAAAGGCUUUGCAUAAUGAUAAUCAUCCGGCAUAUCAUGUCUUUGGGAAUCUUCAAAACAGGAAUCAACCUGAAUACCAAAUCCAUACUACUCCUACAAAUCUUGUCAACCCUCAAGACUCACUUGCUAAUGGAGUUCCAGUGGUGUGUCUUCCAACACCAGACUUUGUAUUACCUGGAAUUGUCCCAUGUUUUCUCAAACCUGAAGAUGCUGCACAAUGGGCUGCUUCAGGAGCAGAGCUGUAUCAUCCUGAUUCAGUACUCACCUCAGCAAAAACUCCACCUACAUUCUUUGGGUCUGGUACACAAGACUUGGUCCCUCAAGAUGGGCAGAGAGCUUACACUCAAGGUAACCUCAACCAAUUUGAGAAAACACAUUCAAACACUCAGGCCACCCCUCAAGAAAAAACACAUAAUGAAAAAGGUGUAUUUACUGGGCCUCCUCAGACUUUUAGUACAGGGUCAGAAGAUGCUGAGUCAUUCACUGACAAUGUUUAUUCUCAAAGACCGGGAAAAAGAAAAAUGAAAACUCCUCUGCUAGCAAGCCAUGAGCCAAUCAAUUGUUUCACAAAUUCAAUGCAACAUUCUACUCAUUUGACACAUCAACAGGGAAAGCCAACAGGAAGUGGCCCUAGAGUCUUGAACCUACUACAAAGUGAGGUGGACAAACAUAUUUUACCCAAAGUGGAAAUGCAACUCCAGGAGGAAACAAAGGUACCCCCAAAAGGCAAAGUGGUACAACAAUGUGAGGAGCCACUUGCACAAAGAAUCUAUGAGGCACCAAAAGCAAGAUUUAAUCAGAAACAAGAGCCACAGUCACAUAACACCAAAGACAUGGGUAUUGGAAAGGCAGAGGAUGGAAGUGGAAGAUUUAUCACAGAAAAUUAUGAAAGCAAAACCAACAAAGAAUGGCUUUCAGUGAUGAAUUCUGAAAUGUCAAAGGCCUCCAAAUUUAAGAUGGAGGAAAAAACCAAACAAGAUUCAGUUGAAAAGGAACCCACCAAGUCCAAAGCAAAGUGGCCUGCCUCCCAAAAUAUAGCCAGCUGUCAUGAACAAGAGAUACCACCAAAGCAGGAGGAUGGAGACAUCACGGGAGAACUUUCUGAUAAGUUUCAAAUUGGUGAAAGCAACUGGGCAGAUAAAACGUACCCAUAUAUUGCAGAAACUGAAGACAGGAAGCGCAAAACUGUGGAUAUGUCCUCAAGUUCACACCAAUCACCACUGAAGUCUAAAAGUGUGAUGGAUUCAGAUGAUAAAACUCCAGAAAUCUCUGGCCAUAAGGGGUGGAUUCCAUGCAAUGGAAGCGGACUGUGUGUGAAAAGACCAUGGGAUAAUAUGAAAAACAAGGGGACAAGGUUGACUACUCAAUAUAAGGAGUCAAAUGUAGUGAAAGGAGUAGGAAGUCCACAACAUGUUGCCAAUAGGCCUGUUAAUUCACUAUUACCUCAUCACAAUCAUCCAGAUGACUACAGAAUUCCACAUAUUGUCAGGGAAGAGGGUUCUGCAAAAAAACUUCCACAAGAAUCCAAGGGUGGAAACACAUUGGAUACAGAUCUGACAACAUCCAAUGCAAUCAUAGAUGUCAACAACAGCAAGGUAGAUCAAAACUCAAAGUUGAUUUCUACACUUAAUUCAAAACCCAUACCGCAAAAGAAUCACCAGCUAGAUAGCAGACCUGAAGUAGACAGGGCUCAAGAUAUGGUGGGCAGUGACCUUCAAAGGCCACAGAUCAAGGGAUCAAUGAAAACUGAAGCAAAGACAGGAUUAUUGAAUAUUGAUGAUGAUGAUGUCUUAAUUAUACCACCUACAGCCAAUGAACAGGUUGGAUUCUCAGAUGGAAAUAAAGACAAAGACCAGAAAUUUGUGGAGAGUAGGGCUGUGGGAGAAUAUUGUAGCUUGCACUCUAUGGACAAAGAGAGGGGCUCUCCUGUGAGUAAAGAAAAUUCAAAAAACAAGAAGAUCAAAAAUAAAAACAAGAAAAAUGGGAAACCAAACAAGCCAAAGGAAUCCAAGGAAGCUGAAAAACCACUACCACAAUCAAUUUCACAAAUAAUGAAGACAAAUGUUGGGAAAGCAAUAUUAGAAACUCUUCAAUUUCAAAAUAAGAAGAGGCUUUUGCCAAUCAAUUUGGACAAACAAAGGGCCUUGAUACUUGCAGAUGAUUGGGUUGAUUAUAAAACAGAGGGUGAAAAUGAUCAAGAGAAGAGAUUGGCUUGGGUAAAGACCUUUGAUGAAUUCUCACACAUUUUUGGAGACAAUUUUGAAGCUCAAAGGAGAGUCACUGCAUUGCUGGCACAGUUCUCACAAAAGGCAAGCCAACUUUAUUUUGAAAACAUGAAAGACUUAAUAUCUGAACCCCUAGUGAAAGUAUUGAAGAUAUUGAAGGUAGAGGAAGAAUUCCCACUCUUCCUGGACUUUGAUUCUGCAAAAUUUUCAAAUUUCCAGAAACUGAAAUCUGAGCUAAGUGAAGUAGAUAGUAUGAAACUUCUAUAUAUGUGUGGUGAAGAGGAGCUGAAUACUCGUAUUCACCAAAUGAGUAUCAUGUCACGCAUUGAUCAUAGUUCAAUCCUUUUCAAGUCACAUGAGAUGAAAGAUUUCAUCAAACAAGGAGGAUCUUUACAAAUUGUUCUAGAGAUCCAGCACAAUUUGGGAUUUGGAAUUGAAGAAAACAUAUGGAAGGAAAUGGAAGAAUACAAGAUCAAGGAAAGAGCUCUAAACAUCAUAUAUGCAAUGCUUGGGACAUUUUUAUUACAAGAAAAUCCAGAACCUCUAUGGUCUGGGUCACAACAGUGGUUUGAGACAUAUACAAGGGAUUUCUUUUUCCAACAGCCACAGUUAUCACAUAUUUUUGAGAAAAGGUUUGGAAUUCUUGUUGAGUAUUCUGAGAAGCUACCACCAACAAAGUUGAGUGAUUGGAUGAACAAGAAGGAAGCUUCAGAGGUGGGUACAAUAUCUCAAUGUCAACUCCAAUGGGGAAAAGUAAUGGUGGGAGUGCACUGUGGGAUUCCACUGAUGUACCUUUGGGAGGGGUUGGUGUUGCUAUAUGAUGAUGUGGAUCUCAAAUACAGGCCAGGAAUCAAAGAUAAACAACCUUUAUAUUGGCCAUUGAACCUACCAGAUAAUAUGGAUCACCAUUUUGAAAGGUUUAAGAGGUUCUUUGAGUUUUUUGGAAAACGUCUCUUACUCACUAAUAAAUUUUGA